AUGCCCCUUCUUGAUCACCGCUCAACACUCUCAUAUGGCACUCUCGAUCAAAUGGAGCAAUACAACGAAGAGGCAGAGGAACGCCUCCUUCAGGCGGGAUAUGAAAAUGAAGGACAUGAUAGUGAAGUAGAAUCCUCAGGGGGUUCGAUACAGGAUGGGGUUCGGACGAUUGAAGCGAUCAAUAUGACAUGGACCACACGGUCUUUGGUUAUAGCAUAUAUCAGCAUUUUCCUCAUGGCGUUUUGUACAUCUCUCGAGGGUCAGACCGUUAUGUCACUCUCUGCAUACGCGACCAGUGCGUUCAGCAAGCACUCCCUCAUCUCCACAGUUCUCGUUGUUCAGAAUGUGGUCAACGGUAAGAUGCUCUAUUCUGCCGCUGUCAUCAAGCCUCCGAUGGCCAAAGUCGCCGACGUGUUUGGACGGUUCGAAGCGUUCUGUGUCAGCAUCCUGAUCUAUGUCCUUGGAUACAUUCAGAUGGCUGCGUCGACCAACGUUCAGACCUACGCAUCUGCGCAGAUCUUCUACUCCGCCGGUUCUACGGGUCUGCAGAUCCUCCAACAGGUGUUCAUUGCCGACAGCAGCAGUCUACUCAACCGCGCGUUGCUGGCUCUCUUGCCAGAGCUCCCCUUUCUGGUUACGGUCUGGAUCGGACCGACCAUUGCGAACUCAGUGCUUGAGCAUGCAUCAUGGCGCUGGGGGUAUGGAAUGUGGACAAUCCUCCUACCGGCCUCGUUUCUUCCCCUGGCAAUGUCGCUGUUGCUGAACCAACGCAAGGCGAAGAGGCUGAACCUGAUCAAGCCCAGACACCCAAAGCGACGUGGUCUGCUCUCCAUCAUCCGACACACUUGGUACGACCUUGACAUGUUCGGGCUAAUCUUACUCUCGACUGCGGUGACCUUGAUAUUGGUUCCUCUCACACUUGCGUCCAGCGCCAAGAAUGGGUGGAAGAACGGCAGCAUCGUCGCGAUGAUUGUGGUUGGCAUACUGUGUUUGUUUGCGCUGCCCGCUUGGGAGUCGUCGAAGAAACUCGCCCCCAAGCCUUUGUUGUCUCUGCAUCUUCUCAAACAGCGCACAGCGCUCGCUGGGUGUACACUGGCAUUCUUCUACUUCAUGGCGUUUUAUUUCUCGGUCCAACCGUAUCUGUACUCCUACUUGCAGGUCGUUCAAGACUACGAUGUCGCCACGGCUGGCCGCGUGACGCAGACCUUCGCCUUCACGUCAACGAUCGCUGCAUUCAGUGUAUCGUUACUGAUCAAGUACACGCGCCGGUACCGCAUCUACGUGACAAUCGGCUGCGUGAUCUACAUCUGCGGGAUCUUGAUGAUGUUGCUUUACCGCAGAGAAGGAAGCUCACCGGCGCAGAUAUUGGGAACGCAAAUCAUCGUCGGCAUUGGCGGUGGGCUCCUCAAUGUCCCCGUGCAACUGGGCGUCCAAGCCUCCGCUAGCCACCAAGAAGUUGCCGCUGCGACAGCCAUGUUUCUAACUUCGAUGGAGAUGGGAGGAGCUGUCGGAGCGGCGAUCUCCGGGGCCGUCUGGACCCAUCACAUCCCUCGGAAACUCCAGCUUUACCUGCCGGAGGAGUUCAAGGCUGACGCGGGCCAAAUUUUCGGGAAGUUGACCAAGGCGCUGUCGUACCCGAUGGGGUCGCCCGCCCGCGUUGCGAUCAAUCGCGCGUACCAGGAGACCAUGAACAAGCUGUUGGUUCUGGCGUUCAUCGUCACAAUUCCGUUGAUCCCGUUGAGCCUGCUGAUGACGAACUACCAGCUCGAUAAGGUAAGCGAUCCUCAGAUCCAUGGCCAGGUGGGUCGAUCGGCUAACCUUCGCGCGCAGAUGAGCGAAACGCCGCAUCACGAGCCGAUCCCCGUUGAGGAGGAAGCCGAAGCCGAGGGCCACUCGAAACGGACCUGA